AUGUCAAGAAAAAAAGAUUUGCUCGAAAAUGCUCUAAAAAAUCGAUUUAUUACGCCAUUUGAUUAUAACACAUUUGAAGAAUUUGUUCCUAUUGGGCGAGGAGGAUUCGGUCAAGUCAUGCGCGCUUAUUCGAAAAGUUUAGAAAAAUAUGUUGCAUUAAAAAAUCCCUUUGAAGAAACAUAUUACCUAGUGUUACAAUAUGCGAAAGAUGGUGACUUAAAAGCUUAUUUACAAAAUAAUUUUGAAAACCUUAAUUGGCAAAUUAAAAUUAAUAUGGCUAAAGAUAUCGCAAGGGGUUUAAGUUUUAUUCAUAAAAAAAAUAUUGUUCAUAGAGAUUUAGUGAGAUUAUCUCGUUCAUUGGAUACCAGUUCAAAUUCUCUUAUAGGUGGAACGUUUGCAUAUACAGAUCCUAGAUAUUUAAAAAAUAUAGGAUAUUAUAAGAGAAAUAAAGAGUCAGACGUAUACAGUUUAGGAGUUCUUUUUUGGGAAUUAUCAAGCGGAAGACCUCCGUUUAAAAAUUUCGCAAAAGAAGAUGUAUAUAAAAAAGUUACUUCCGGUGAAAGAGAAACACCUAUUGAUGGAACACCCACGGAUUAUAUCAACAUUUAUUCAAAUGCGUGGGAUGAUGAUCCAAUUCAAAGAAAAUCUAUAGAAGAUAUUCGUAAAUCCCUUGAAAAAAUUCAGUUUGAAAAUCUUUUCUAUGUGUCUAAUAAAAAUAUUCAAUCUAAUGCUUCUAUUGAAAACAUUGAACCACUCGUGGAAGUGUAUAAUAUAUAUAGUCAAGAUUUGGUAUCAAAUGUAUCAAAUGAAGAAAGCGAUCAAACAUCAUUUAAUUUAAAAUAUGGAGGUAUUUCUUUAUUUCAAUAA